AAAUGUUACUUUUGUUGUUAUAAAUGUAUCUACCUGUAGAAAGGUGAUCUUGAUUAUUUGCUUUUCUAUUUAUUCAAAGUUCUUUCAAGUGAAACAUGGUCAACUUGUCACUGGAAAUUUCAAUUUACUAUGUUCAACUAUUCAGUAAUUUCUUUCUAUCAUUUGUAUCUCUAUUGUGCUGAUAAAGUGUUUGCUGCUGAUUCUUUCGACUCUUAGUAUUACAUUGUAGUAGUAGUAAUACAUUGCCUUUCAAAGUUUACCAUCAAAGUUCGACUUCAAGCUACAUAAUAAUUCAGUGAUAAUCUGAAUGUGAAUAUUAAAAAAUUAUUUGUGUUGAACUGGUUAAAUUGCUGUAAGCCAUCAAUAUGACAGCUGAUAAUAAAGGAGCUCGGAUGAGACUGCUUUUCAUGUUAAUUUUAACAAUCACAUUCUUUUUUGUAGAAUUAAUUGUUGGCUAUAUCACCAAUUCUAUGGCUUUGAUUGCCGAUUCCUUUCACAUGUUAUCCGAUGUGAUUGCUUUGAUUAUUGCCUAUGUCUCAGUGUUAAUGUCACCCAAAGAGUGGGUCAAAAACACUUUUGGAUGGGCUCGAGCAGAAGUUUUAGGAGCUUUGGUCAAUGCUGUCUUCUUGAUUGCCCUUUGCUUUUCAAUUUUUGUCGAAUCGAUCAAACGUUUCUACAAUCCAGAAGAGCUUCACGCACCUAGUCUACUUUUAGGCGUUGGAGUAGCUGGUUUGAUUGUCAAUAUAAUUGGUUUAAUCCUUUUCCAUGGUGCUGGUGGUCACUCUCAUGGUAAAAAUCAUAAAGAUUAUGAUGAAUCUGAAGGAGGUGAAAACGGCCAAGAGAAAAGUAAGUACAUAUUUGCAUGUAAAUUGUCAGCUGAUAUCAACAUUAAAUUGAUUUAUUGUCUAUCCACAGAUGAACCAACUAAAAAGGCUCCACAAUCAAGUGACCAGAUGAAUAUUCGAGGCGUUUUUCUACACAUUUUGGCCGAUGCUCUGGGUUCUGUAAUUGUUUGCAUUUCCGCGUUAAUCAUCAUGUUUACUGAUUGGUCAAUCGUUGAUUAUGUUGAUCCAACUCUUUCUAUAUUGAUGGUUACCUUAAUCAUGUACAGUACUUGGCCAUUACUGAGCGAAUCAGCAAUGAUUUUACUUCAAACAGUACCCACACACAUUGAAGUUGAGGAUCUACGGGAAACCCUGACUAAAGAGAUCAAAGGUGUUUUGGCUGUCCACGAAUUUCAUGUUUGGCAAUUGACUGGUGAUCGCAUAAUAGCUUCAGCUCAUAUUCAAGUUCAAAAUUUACAAGAUUACAUGAGAAUAGCUGAAAAGGUUAAAGAGUUUUUCCAUAACAAGGGAAUUCAUUCAACAACAAUUCAACCUGAAUUUGUGGACCUUAAAUUAGAGAACUUCAACUUCAAAGACGGCUGUAUUUUAAACUGCUCUCGAAAUUUAAGCUGUGUUGCUUCAACAUGCUGUGGACUCAAGGAUUCAAUGAAAUAUAAUUCUGAAUCAAAGGGGAAAAAGGACAAAUCUAAACUCAGUGAAAACACCAAAUCAAAAUCUGUGUCUGAAGUCAGCGUCACCUUUGCAGAUGCUGAUGCCAGUGAGACUGAGGAUGUUGGACCUGAUAGCAAGUUAUCGACAUCUAGAUCAAACUUGGACAAAUGAUGGUUCAUAAACCAGAAGUAUUAUGUAAACUAAUCAGAAUUGAAACAAUAACUGGAAUGAUCAAUUCCAGAUUUGAUUUCAAUACUGUGCUCAAUAAAGCUUUGUUAAUAAUUAUUGUAAUUAUCGGGUAUUCAAGGUCACAACAAACCUUUAUUUUGAUUGAAAAGGUUAUUAAAUGUAAAAUACGAAAAAACAAAA